GUGUCUAAAGCCUCGUCGCGAGCAUUACUUUUUGAAGCUAAUGAUUCCAUGAAUAUUUUGCAAGCAUUUGAGAACUGGAUGAAAGAGCAUGGACGCACUUACUCAAGCAGUGAGGAGAAGGCAAAGCGUUUUGCAAUAUUCAAGGAGGAGUUUGAUCAUAUAGAAAACUUCAACAGCCAAGGGAAACAUAGAUUCACAUUAGGCCUCAAUGCAUUCAGUGAUCUGACUGAUAAAGAGUUCGAUGAGACAUAUGGCUGCACGACUGCUAUACCAAACACAAACCCUAGCUCAGUCUCUUCUUUUAGCUAUCAAGAUUUUGAAAUUGAGGAUCUUCCCCAAAACUGGGACUGGAGGACACAAGGAGCUGUGACCAGUGUCAAGGACCAAGGAAAAUGUGGUUGUAGUUGGGCUUUUGCAAUAGCAGCAGCAGUGGAAGGGCUCACCCCAUUCUACAAUAAACCUUAUGGAAAACUUGUGAACUUGUCCGUGCAAGAACUUGUAGCCUGUAGUAAGCCGUAUGGCACCAAUGGCUGUAAAGGGGGUCAAGCGAUUAAUGCUAUCAAGUACGUAAGGGAUCAUGGACUCGUAACUGAAGAAAAGUUUCCUUACCGGUUUGCUGACGACCAAUCAUGCGACACCGCGUUCGAAUCUUCCCCUGAUAUAAAAAUCUCUGGUUAUGAAGCUGUGCCUGAGUUUGAUGAAGUUGCUCUAGCCAAGGCUGUUUACCAUCAACCAGUUGUAGUUGCGCAUUCCGCCAGCAUUAAUUUUCGCCGAUACAAAGGUGGUAUUUUUUUAGAUGCAGAUGGGAAGUGUGCGAGAGGUAAUAUCAGCCACACUUCUACACUCGUUGGCUUCGGUACAACUCCACUUGGCGAAGAAUAUUGGAUAUUGAAGAAUUCAUGGAGCUCUUCUUGGGGUGUACAUGGUUAUAUGAAAAUUAAUAGAAAUAGUAAGAAUAAGCGAGGUGUUUGUAACCUCGCAAAAUUGCCAGUGUUCGCCAUUCUUUGAUGAGUAUGACAGGAAUUUUGAGGCCUUCAAUAGUUAUGAAGAUUUUGUAAU